CCGAGGUUCCCUCGCAAUAUGGCUGUCAGUAUAAAUUUGAUGGCUGUAACAUGCGCUUCUCUCCGAGAAAUUUGACGAAUGUCGGCCGAUUUAAGCGCGGUCGGCCGCGUGAUGUGAUUUACCAAGGCGAUAAUCAAUGGGAAACGGCUAUGCGGGUUGGAUGAGAAUUUGACGUGACGUUCGCAGAGGCUCGAGAACCCAGAUUCAAAUACAGAGCACGAAUUGGUUGCAACAAUGACGUCCAGAUUAGAUAGAUUGUUCAUAUUACUCGAGACUGGAACGAACGCUGUGACUAAGAGAGCUGCGGCACAGCAGUUAGGUGAAGCACAGCGUCUGCACCCUCACGAUUUGCAUCACCUCUUAGCUCGAGUCUCUACCCUGUUGAAAUCGCCUCAAUGGGACACAAGGGUCUCCGCCGCUCAGGCGAUUCAAACGAUACUUGCCCAAGUCCCUCAGUGGGAUCCUCAGCCGAUUAAGAAGGAAGAGAACGUCGCCGAGGCGAAAAGAAGUCAACAGAAUCGACUGAGUCUCGAGGACUUCGAUAUGGAGAAAGUGUUAGCUCAGAGUUCGCAUUUGACCGGGUCGGAGGGUAGCGAAUAUGACCUGAUCGCUACCGAUGGGGAACAGGUGGCUAAUCAGGAAGAAAAAAUCGCUGCCAAGUUGGGGUUCCAUCCUCAGUUGAUGGACACAUCGGAAUUGUUUACUGCCGAGGAUUUGAAUAACACGGUUGUUCCAACAGGAAAUUGUCAGGGGAAGUUGUCGGUCAGCGAGACCCUGAAGCAGCCUGAAGGACUUAGUAGGAGGGAGAUGAACAGAGCUAGGCGCAAGGCGCGUCAGUCGGUAUCCAAGCAACGUUCCCGGGAGCCAGAAGACCAGCACCGCGCCCCUCAAGAAGAUCUCCAUACCCCGAACCCCACGCAAUCUCCUCCGACGUACACGUCUAUCCUGGAGUUCCACCCGAAGAAACCAAAACUCGAGGACUCCCCCUCUGAAACCGCGAGUCUCGCCACGGACACCCAAAACGAUUCGACGGCAGCGGUUCCCGAUAGUACAGGUUGCUGGCCGGACUCCGUGAUCGACUGGCCUCUGGAAUCGUUCGCUGAGAGUCUGAGCCAAGACCUCUUCAGUCAGAAAUGGGAGAUCCGCCAUGGUUCCGCCACCGCUUUACGAGAACUAAUAAAACUCCACGGGAAAGGCGCCGGGAAAUCGCGCGACCAAACGCCCUUGGAAAUGGAGGAGAGUCACUACGAAUGGAUAAUCGAUAAGGCUCUACGUUUACUCUGCGUCUUAGGUUUAGAUAGAUUCGGAGACUUCGUUUCGGACCAGGUGGUCGCGCCGGUCCGGGAAACCUGCGCCCAAGCUCUUGGCUCUCUGCUCCUGUUAAUCCCAAGUACUAAACAGAAAAACGGUGGGAUCGCCGGAAUCAUCUCGGUCAUAUUAAAAUUGCUCGAGCACGACGAAUGGGAGGCGAGGCACGGGGCACUCCUCGCUUUUAAAUACUUGUUAGCAGUCCGCGAGGAUCUGCUCGAUGAAAUCUUAGUCAAAGUAUAUCCAGCGAUCAUGAGAGGCCUGUCGGACCCUGUGGAUGACGUAGGCGCAGCUGCGGCUAGUGCUCUCAUCCCUGUAGCCUCGAGUCUACCUCGUUUAUUGAAGCCCGAAGAAUUAGAAGCGAUCAUCGCGAGACUUUGGGAAUUGCUGCACGAACAGGACGAUCUUGCAGCUGCUUGUAAUAGUUUCAUGGGUCUGCUGGCUGCGAUAUUGUCCCUGUCGACUGCUAGAGAUUGUUUGAUCCCUCAGCCUUUGUCGCAGGUUUUACCCAGGCUCUGGCCUUUCUUAAGUCACUCUAGCUCGAGCGUGCGAAAAGCAACGUUACAGACUUUAGAGACUUUGACUGGGGACAAGGGUGACGAGGAGAGAUGGGGCGAAGCCGGGGGCAUCGUCCUUCAAGAAGCUUUGCGACAUGUUUUUCAAAGAAUUCUUAUAGAACACGUGACGCUUAUUCAGGAUGUUGCUGAGAGAGUUUGGGAGAAUCUGGUGGUUAAGAGUGACCUGGGUCUGUUGUUGCACGCGGCUUGCCCUCUGGUCAGCACGUGGCUCUGUCUAGCCAUGCAACCGGAGAACUUACCGUUCAAUCCGAAUCUUCUGAUGGCCAUCACGAAUUCGAAAGUUAAUAAACAACCGCAGGUCGUCGCGAGUUCGGAGAACUUGGAAAGUGGGAAUAAUAAUUACGGAUGUAAGGCGGCGGUGGCAGCGGCGGGAGUGGCAGCAGUCUCGGAGUUGAAGGUUUAUAUCGGGGGAAUCGAGACAGUCGCUUUGGGCGUGAGGAAAAGCAACGUUGUUCAGGCGAGAUGUAGAGCUGCGAGGAUGCUGGGAUUGUUGAGUUAUUACGUGGUGCAGCCGGCGCCCGGCGUGGUUUACACCGAGGAUAUCCCCAGCCCGUCGAUUUGCUACGCGAAGGUGAUGCUGGCGCAUUUAAAUUCGAGGUCCGCGAUGCAGAGGACGGUGGCUGGGCUUACUAUGGCGCAUUGGGCAACUGUGAAAGGGGACGAGGCCACAGCGGUACCAGAUAUAUUAAGAAAAAGAUUAUUGGAGUGUCUGACAGAAUGUGUGUACUACGACGAGAUCGCCGGCUUCUUCACGCGUUUGCUCCACGACAGUCGCGAUUAUGUAGCAACAUUGAAACACUACAAGCUUCCAAUCCCUGUGAAAACCGAUACGUCGGGCGUGAUGACUCUCGAUCAAAUAACGAUGCUGGCUAGUAAGAAGAUAACUGAGCUUUCGACGAUGGGAGGAACCGGAACUCUGGGCAGCCCCGGGAUCAAGCUGAAGGCCAAGGCGAAAUUAAUAGAAGAUUUAGAAGAGAGGAGGAAAGCUCUCGAAGCCGCGGCGGCUGAAACGGCUAAUCAACAAUCGUUUUAUAACGUGACUUCGACUGCCGCUUUGGCCGGUGCUGCGACGAUGCUCAAGUGCCUCCCGGCUUCGCCCGAGCCUUUGAAUCCUUUGGUGAAGCCGCUGAUGGAAGCUGUUAAGAGAGAGGAGAACGAGGAGCUGCAAAAACUUGCCGCUAAGCAUUUGUCUUAUUUGGUCGACCUUUGCGUCGAUAGGAAACCUUCACCCAACGCUAAGAUAUCUACGAAUUUGUGUACAUUCCUUUGCUCCGACAUUGAGUUCACUCCGCGCGUGAAUUUCUCCGCCGAGCCGGACCUCUUCGACGGUAUCCUGACCCUCGGCAAUCGGCAGAAGCACGCGGAGAGAGUUGCUUAUAACAGAGGCACUAAUAGUGGACUCGGCGGAGGUCGAGGACCGGGGCGACCACCGACGACUGAAAUUCCUUUAGAAGAAUUGCUGGCGUGCGAGGAACCUGAAGCCAAGGCUGCUAGGACCAGAAGGAGAGGUGCGACCUUCGCGCUCACUGCUAUAGCUGGUCUGUUCGGCGCGAGCCUCACCGCUCGACUGCCUCACUUAUGGGACAUGAUGCUGCCCAGUUUGUUGUUGGAUGAGUCGAAAAUCGCGGUACAAUUGUCCCGCGAGAAUAAGAAUAACCCAGGAAAUAGCACCAGCAGCGAAGAGGAGGAAGUAAAUCAAUUAAUAUUCGGUUUACAAGUAUUAGAGACGAUGGCACCGAGCCUCGAUAAAGCUCUGCUACCUCCCGUCCUAGAAUCCCUUGUACCACUGUGCAAACUGUUGGCUCACCCGUACAAAGCGGUAAGACACAUGGCCUCACGCUGCAUUGCCGUUCUCGCGUCUCUCAACACCGAAAAGGUGAUAGUUCAAGUGAUUCAAAGCGUGAUCCCUCUGUUGGAAGCGACUGGAGCCGACAAACUGUCCUUCUCCUCCUCCUCCACCUUCGCGAACAUUGCGGCUCCGAGCGAACUGGAUUCGGUAAGGCAAGGCGCGGCCGAGGCAUUGGCUUGUCUGGUCGAAGGCCUCGGCGUUAACAUCGUACCUUACGCGGUCCUCUUCAUGGUCCCCUUGCUGGGACGCAUGAGCGAUCAGAAUCAAGCGGUCAGACUGGCCUGCAGUGCGACUUUUGCGACUCUCGUCCAGUUAUUGCCGUUGGACCCCGGGGCCAUCACUGACCCGCCGAAUUUGAUAGAAAAGAAGGCCCAAGAACGUCGGUUCAUGGAGCAGUUGCUAAAUCCCAGGAGCAUCCCGGACACUGAGCUACCGAUCCCAGUGGCCGCGGAGUUGCGCUCGUAUCAACGCCAAGGAUUGAACUGGUUGAACUUCUUGAACGUUUACCGGCUGCAUGGAGUUCUCUGCGACGACAUGGGCCUAGGGAAAACCUUGCAGACCCUCUGUAUCCUAGCUUUAGACCAUCACCGUAACCCUCACGUACCGCCCAGCCUAGUAGUGUGUCCGCCGACGUUGACCGGCCACUGGGUGUACGAGGCGGAGAAGUUCUUCGAGGCGAAAAACCUCUCGGUGCUGCAGUACGCGGGGACGCCACCCGAACGAGAGAAACUGAGGCCGAGGGUCACGUAUCACAGACUGAUCGUGGCUAGUUACGAUAUAGUAAGGAAGGAUAUCGACUACUUUGAGAGGAGACAGUGGAACUAUUGCGUGCUAGACGAGGGGCAUGUGAUAAAAAAUGGGAAGACGAAGAGUGCCAAGGCAACUAAGAGGCUCCACGCGAAUCACAGGCUGAUACUAUCUGGAACUCCGGUGCAGAACGACGUGCUGGAACUGUGGUCCCUCUUCGAUUUUCUGAUGCCAGGCUUCCUGGGCACCGAGAAACAAUUCGCAGCGAAAUACUCGAGGCCUAUCCUGGCUUGCAGGGAACCGAAAGCAGGGCCUAAGGAACAGGAGGCGGGAGCUCUGGCUAUGGAAGCCCUCCACAGACAGGUUUUGCCGUUUUUACUCAGACGAAACAAGGAGGACGUGCUGCAGGACUUGCCACCGAAGAUAACGCAGGACUAUUACUGUGAUCUCUCUCAAUUGCAAAAGAUGCUUUACGAGGACUUCCGCAGCAGGCAUUCGGCCAGUCUGUUGUCCGGAGACGCCUCGGGCAACGAUCCGCACGGUGGACAUGUGUUCGAGGCACUUAGGUACCUCAGGAACGUUUGCAAUCAUCCAAAAUUAGUACUGAGUCAGAAACAUCCGUUAUACGAAACGAUCUGCGUCAAUCUGAAACAACAGAAGAGCACCCUAGGCGAGAUCGAGCACGGCGCUAAGCUGCCAGCCCUGAAGCAGCUCCUCCUUGAUUGCGGCAUCGGUCAGCCCCAGCAACAGCAGCCGCAUCAACCGAGAAACUCGACAACCGCCGACAUCUCUUCCACGCAACAGCAACAGCUGGUGAGCCCCCACCGAGCUCUGAUCUUCUGUCAACUGAAGGCGAUGUUGGACAUCGUGGAGAAAGAUCUGUUACGCGUUCACCUACCAACGGUCACUUAUCUGAGGCUCGACGGGGGCAUUCCGGCGACUCAGAGGCAUUCAGUGGUCGCCAGAUUCAACGCGGAUCCUUCGAUCGAUGUUCUAUUGCUCACGACUCAGGUUGGCGGAUUGGGAUUGAACUUGACCGGUGCCGACACCGUGAUCUUCGUCGAGCACGACUGGAAUCCCAUGAAGGACCUCCAAGCGAUGGACAGGGCGCACAGGAUCGGCCAGAAGAAAGUUGUCAACGUUUAUAGAUUGAUCACGAGGUCCACGGUCGAAGAGAAGAUCAUGGGACUGCAGAAAUUCAAAUUGCUCACCGCAAACACCGUCAUUUCGACCGACAACGCCUCACUGGAGACGAUGGCCACCGAUCAGUUGUUAGAUUUAUUUUCCUUGGAGAAUAACAAAGAGAAGAGGAAAGAGGAGGACAGGAAAGUGAACCUCGUGCCUGGGUUCAACAGGUCGGUACUGGACAUGCUGCCCGAACUAUGGGAACAGCAGCAGUACGACGACGAGUACAAUUUCGAUUCGUUCUUGUCUACUUUGAAGGCGACGGAGAAUCAACAGAUCAUGAAUUAGGACCGAGGAGCGACCGUUGAGCCGAUGAACAGUGCGUGGCUCUUAUCAGACUGUAAUUCAGUUUAUUUAAAUUUGUUUACUAAGGAAAAAUUGAUGAAUCUUUUUUUUAUUCUGUAAAGGUGCCACUCAACUAGUUUCGUUAGUCUUUUCGGAAGCAAGGAGGAGAACGUUCAUGGAGUAAGAAGAGACUGUCCAUGUUUAUUUAUAGUAACUUAUAAGAAAGAAUGAAAGGACUCUACGAUGACAGCUUGGGACGAUGAUUCCUGGCCCAGCUCCGGCUUGUGUUAAUUUUCCUUGCGGGAACAAGUCUCGUUUUUUUCAAUGCUCGAUCUGGCAUUGAUGCUACUAGAUUUUGACAUAAUUUUCACAUUUCCAAAUGAAACAAUUUUAACCUACGUCUUAAAAUAUUAAUUGAGCUAAUAAUUCAAUGAACGAUCAAUAAGUACAUAAACAAAUGAACAGGUAAAAAUGUAAAUAAAUAAAUGA